AUGGAGCCGCCUUUAGUCUCAGAAGUAUUCGAAUGUAUUUCUCUACUCAAGCGUCAUCGUGCUGCUGGUCCUAACGACCUUCCACCUGCUCUCUUCAAGGAUGGCGGUGGAUUCCGCAGCCAGUGCCUGUCUAGCCUAUUUGGGUCCAUCUGGGAGAAGGAGACCGUCCCAGACAACUGGGAUGAAUCGAUAGUGGUACCCAUUUUCAAAAAGGGUAUUCGCAGUGAAUGUAGAAACCACAGAGGUGUUGGCUUGACGCCUGUUGUGACACGGUGGAUUUCCGGAAUCCAGUUUGUCGAUGAUCCGCGUGUCUGGGCCGCUUGCUUUCGGUUUCUUCUUAGCAAGCAGGUGAACAGAAGAUACAUCAAUCCAUCAACCUCCCAUUUGUGGUCUGGUGAUGCCCGGCGCAUACCUAACGUUUCCAUGCUUUUGUUAUUCUACGGUACGACCACUGGUCCACCGGCUUGUUUUGAAGUUGACUGGGGAUUCGAUUUUGCGAGGACAACGCAGCUUCAUGGAAUUCGGCAUCUUCACUCAACAAUGGGUGAUCCAGCCGCAGCGGCCACAAAGUUCCAUCAACCUUUCAAUUUUUCAAAAGUACAUUUCAACUUAUACAAAGGAGUUGGGUGUGUUCAAUCUUUGGGAACCCCGUGUUUCGACAGCAAGGAAAUGUCCUUCUUUGAUCUGAACCUGGCUCCCCAACACCUUUUAUAUGAAAAUAUAGAGGCUGCAGUUCGACCUUAUCUCUCCCCGGUCAGCACACUACGACUUGAAGACGUUCCUUUGACGGCGUCCUUGGCUGGUCAGGAAGCUGAAAAUUCGUAUAUUUCCCCGAGGGUCCCGACCGAUUUGUCCAAGCAGCUCGAAUAUGACGAUACUUUUUCACUGAUGUCCACAAUUUAUAAAUCUGUCCUAUGCCCAGUGUCUAGCACAUGCCCCGCCAUUGCCAAAUCUUUGACUAUCGCCUGCUAUUCAUCUACGUUUCUCAGUGGUCUAUUAAUGAAACGUUUAUGCUCACCAAUUUUGAUCCCUGUCACCCAAUUCAACGUCCCAGAUGCCUCCUUAUUAUUCGAGGAGGGUGUGACAACUUCCACUUGUGAACUGAUGCAGUCUUCACUUUCUCAAAGUGACACCCAGUUAAUUGCGUUACAAACUUCGUUACAAUGUUCCAAUGAUGCUAUUCCUAGACAGCCUCCUGGUUCAUCUUCAGUUCAACGGUCAUCUACCAAUGAACUUCAUCUGCCUCUGCUUGAAAAGAAACCACUUCCCACAAUCUGUGAAGAUGACGUUCUGACGGCAUAUGAUCCCGCUCGUUAUCGUGUAGAAACAGAACAUCAAAAUUCGAAGCUAUCAGUUGAACCAUCCGAUUCGUCGACCCAUCGCGAAAAGAAGCGAAAAUCACAUAAAUCCACUCCGACCGUCUUACAUUCCUUAUUGGCAACGCUUCCUCCGUCUCAACUGAAACGGUUGGAACAAAUCAUUUGCACUCUGCUUGAUAAGUCCAGUGACGGACAGGCAAAGAAAACGGAGGCUGUUUCAAGAUCGGCGGGGUGUGAGCAGGCUACUGAAAUGCUACACAAUAAUGUCCAAGCGGUUGAUGUUGCAGUAAACACGACACAAUUAUACGUCAAGCCAAUCCCACAAAUCGAGACCGGCAGCGUCACCCCAGCGGAGAAUGGUAAGUGCAGUUCGUGCCUCGUAUGGCUGCAACACUUGUUGACAGUGCGCCUGAUUUGUGUUUCCCCUCAUUUGACAGCCACCCAGCAGUUGAAAAGGACUGACAAUGCCUCUCCUGGAAUUUCAACGACUUGCUCUGACCAUGUCAAACAUGUUCGGCCAACGGGAGCGGACGUUUCGAGCAAUCCUGUUCAUGGAGCUACUAGACCGACGCUCGGGGAUUUCGCAUCUCUCCUAAGCUUGCCGCACAGUGACACUAAACAGGCGUCUAACUCUUCACCACCUGGAAAACAUGGUUCUGGAGUGCCAGAUCGCUAUUCAAAUCUGUUGGCAAGCAUACAAGCUGUUUUGGACAGACAAUCAAAAUCUGGAGCAAAACACGAGCGAAACCGCUCCAUCAGCAGCGAUUCCAACCUUCCGAAAGCAUAUGAUUUAAGGCCACAAACAGAUUUCGGCGGAAGCGUAUGUGACUAUCCUCUGAACAUCCGCAGCAGCAGCAUCAGUACAACUCGUGUGAAUGGGCAACAGAAACCAGUGAGCGAACAAGAUGAAAUUCCUCUGAGCAAUGCAUUACUAUCCAAUAAACGCGUUGCUUACUGGCUCCAUUCUGAUAUGGAACCACACCCGCCUCUACCAAGAAAUGAGGGCGACGAUUCUAAAACCACUCAACUCUCAGAUACCUUGCUGGAUAGUCACUUGAUAACCGGUCGCUAUGCAAAUGCCACAUGCUUGUCAGAAAACAAUUCCAAAUGCACCCUGUCAUCGAGCCUGAUAAAUGCAAACCUAUGUGACUAUCACUUGGCCAGUGAUCAAGAAGUGACCCAUGCACAACUUAGCAUCGUUUCAGCACAAGCCGAUCAACAAAUGGAUAGUCAAAUAACGACAGAAACCGAUCAGAGUUUGUUUUUAGCUGCUCUGGUGGAAAAGUAUUUGGGACUGAAAAUCGAGUCGCCCAAGAAGACAGCAUCGGACAGAGACAGAAGGCGUACCGAAGAUGAUUCUGUGGAUUCCCUGACAGUAACGAGGUAUGGUGGACUUAAUCCAACAGAUAUGAGCUUGGCUACACAAUGUUACUUGGAAAGACACGGAAUACUGGAUACAAAACAGGAGUCGGCGAGAAGCAAAAAGGCGUUUUACAGCAGUACGCCGCUUGGCGGACCGUCGCUGGUCGGUCUAAACGCGGAGACGGAGAGGAAUGCUCAUCGAAACGAGCCUCAUCUGUGUCCACCAAUAAAACAAAGCCCAGAAGUAUUCCACUUCCCCGUAAAUACUGUGCCUAACAUCCUUGAUGGUUUAUGCUUGGAACGUUCACCUCUCGCAGAUCCGCAGACUAAAUGUGUCCCAAACACAAAUUUAUUUCCCACGCUUAGUGAAACGUCUCAGUUCUCAACCGGAACCUGUGUCGUAGUGGGACCUACAACUCGAACGAAACCGACUGCUGACCAACGAUCGGUUGGUGACAGUGAGCACGGUCGCAUCCUCGAUAUCGAGCGAUUGCGCGCACUCCCAAAGCUUCUGUGA